CCCUAGAUUUGGUACUGCGUUUUCCGUGCGGUUUCUUCUGUGGGCGGUCCCGUUCGAGGGUUGUUUGAUCUGGUUGGGGUUUUGGAUUUGGGGCAGCGCUGGAGGUUUUUCUUUUUUUUUUUUUUUUGUGUUUUGGCUCAUGCCAGACAGAUAGGUAGGUAGGUAGGUAGGUCGAUAAAUAGAUUAGAUUAGGUUAGGGUUUUGUUGGUUUUGAUGCCGCAAGAGCGAUUGUCUUGGGAUCGGAAAGAGUUCUUAAAGGAGAGGAAGUACGACAGGCCAAAGGCUCGUUGGAGGGAGUCGUCUUCAAGUCACUAUGGAUCGUAUCGCGAUUUUGCUCGCUGGGGAGGAUCCAACGAGUUUCGCAGGCCUCCAGGUCAUGUUAAGCAGGGUGUUUGGCACCUGUUUACUGAAGAAUCUGGACAUGGGUAUACACCCUUUCGAUCCAGUGAUAGGAUACUGGAAGAGAAGAAUUUCCGGCCAUCAGUUUCACGAGGAGAUGGUAAACAUGGAAGGAAUGGUAGGGACAAUAGGGGAUCUUUUGGCCAGAGGGAUUGGAAAGCUCAUUCAUGGGAAAUGAGCAAUGGGUCUCCAAACACGCCUGGGAGGCCACAUGAUGCAAGUAAUGAUCAGAGUUCAGUUGAUGAUACGGUAAUUUACCCCUCCUCUCAUCCUCAUUCUGAAAUUCUGAACACUUGGGGCCUGCUUCACUCAAAUGACCAGCAUGAUAAUAGUAAGAUGGUUGUUGUCAAUGGGAUGGGCACAGGCCAAAGAGGGGAUAGAGAGAAUUCACUGGAUUGGAAACCUCUUAAUAAGUGGACUCGCUCUGGAAGCUUGUCUUCAAGGGGAUCUGGUUUCAGCCAUUCAAGUAGCUCAAAGAGCCUUGGAGGUGCAGACUCCUGUGAAGGAAAGGCUGAAUUGCAACAUAAGAAUGCAUCAUUAGUCCAGUCUCCUUCUGGGGAUGCUGCUGCUUGUGUUACUUCAGCACCAUCUGAAGAGAUGGCUGCCAGGAAGAAGCCACGCCUUAAUUGGGGUGAGGGACUGGCAAAGUAUGAGAAGAAGAAAGUUGAAGGCCCUGAGGUGAACGUAAGCAAAGAUGGAGUUGUUAUUUCUUCUAGUAACAUAGAGCCCAUCCAUUCACAAAGUUCAAAUUUGGUUGACAAGAGCCCCCGAGCCAUGGGAUUAUCAGAUUGUGCAUCACCUGCAACUCCUUCGUCUGUUACCUGUUCCUCACCACUUGUAGAGGAGAAAACAUUUGGCAAGGGAAUAAAUGCUGAUAAUGAUAGUAAUUUAUGUGGGUCACCCUGUGUUGGGUCCCAGAGCCAUAUUGAAGGUUUCUCUUUUAACUUAGACGUGUUGAAUGCUACUUCAAUAGCUAAUUUGGGCUCUGCACUUGUUGAACUGCUUCAAUCUGAUGAUUCUAGUUCAGUGGACUCAAGUUUUGUAAAGUCUACUGCAUUGAAUAAGCUGCUUAUAUGGAAGGGUGGCAUAUCAAAGGCCUUGGAGGUGACUGAAUCUGAAAUUGAUUUACUUGAAAAUGAACUUAAGUCUCUGAAAUUUGAAACUGGAAGCAGAUGUCCUUGUCCAGCAGCAGCCAGUUGUUUCCUAGCAGGUGAUGAGUCAAAACUAUGUAGUGAACAGGCAGCUUCUUCCAACGACAUACCUCGACCUUCUUCAUUGCAAGUUUCAUCUUGUGGGGCUGGGCAUGUCGAGAAGAUUCCUAUUUUUAAUGGCGUCUUGGAAAUUGUUCAUGGUGGUAGGAAGGAUGAUGAUGUUGAUAGUCCGGGAACUGCAACUUCGAAAUUUGUUGAAUCAGCGUCUAUGGUGAUGGCAGUUUCUUCAUCUGAUUUGAUGAGACAGGAUGAGUGUUCUGAUGAUAUGGGUGUAAUUCAGACACCAAACAUGGUGUUGAAGUCUGUGGUGCCUUGUAGUAAUAGGCAAGACAUUGAUGAACCUGCACACAGGGAUGUUAACUUGCUUACAGAGAGCAAAGAAGGUGCAUCUUUUCCAAGUGAUGUGAUUAUUGCAGAAAAUAAUUUAUGUCAUCUAAUAUUGACCGCCAAUAAGGAAUCUGCUAGCAGAGCUUCCCAAGUAUUUAUUAAUUUACUGCCUAGGGAUCAAUUUAAUGUUGAUUUUUCAGAAGUUGCCAACGUUGCUUUCUUGCAGAAUGAUCCAUUAGUUAAAGAAAGGUUUGUUAUGAGGAAGCGGUUUUUGAAAUUUAAGGAGAGAGUUGUAACCCUUAAGUUUAAAGCCUUUCAGCACCUGUGGAAGGAAGAUAUGCGCUUUCUUUCAAUAAGGAAAUACCGUGCAAAGACUCAAAAGAAAUAUGAAUUAAGCAUGCGGACAACACAUAGUGGGCAUAAAAAAAAUCGUUCUUCAAUUCGAUCUCGAUUCUCUCCUGGUGGAAAUUUGAGUCUUGUCACUACAACAGAAAUGCUUAACUUUACCAGCAAGGUGCUGCAAGUUUCUCAAGUCGAGCAAUACAGAAAUGCUUUGAAAAUGCCAGCUUUAAUUUUGGACAAAAAAGAGAGGAUGGUUUCACGAUUUAUCUCCAGAAAUGGAUUAAUUGAAGAUCCUUGUGUUGUUGAGAAGGAGAGAGCUAUGAUCAAUCCCUGGACCUCAGAAGAGAGAGAAAUUUUCAUGGAUAAGCUAGCCACAUUUGGGAAGGAUUUCCGGAAAAUUGCUUCUUUUCUCGAUCACAAGACAACUGCAGAUUGUGUUGAAUUCUACUACAAAAACCACAAAUCUGAUUGUUUUGAGAAAACCAAAAAGAGUAAGCAAGCAAAGUCCUCUACUAACUACUUAGUGGCAUCUGGUAAGAAUUGGAAUCGUGAAAUGAAUGCUGCCUCGCUUGAUAUUCUGGGUGCAGCUUCAGUCAUAGCAGCAGAUGCUGACAAUUCUAUGGGAAAUCAACGGGUGUGUUCUGGUAGAUUCUAUUUGGGAGGCUACUGUGAUUCUAAAACGUCGCAUGCUGAUGAUAGGAUUUUAGACCGAUCAAGCAGUUUUGACAUUCUUGAGAAUGAAAGAGAAACUGUUGCUGCAGACGUUUUAGCAGGCAUUUGUGGUUCAGUGUCCUCUGAGGCAAUGAGUUCUUGCAUUACUACCUCUGUUGAUCCUGUGGAGGGAUGCCGGGAGUGGAAGUCACAAAAGGUGGAUUCUGUCAGGAAACGGCCUUCAACGUCUGAUAUUACACAGAAUGUUGAUGAAGAGACUUGCUCAUAUGAGAGUUGUGGGGAAAUGGAUCCUGCUGAUUGGACAGAUGAGGAAAAGUCUAUUUUUAUGCGAGCUGUGUCAUCGCAUGGAAAGGACUUUACUGCGAUCUCACAUUGUGUCAGGACAAGGUCCAGGGACCAGUGUAAGGUGUUCUUUAGCAAGGCUCGGAAGUGCCUUGGACUGGAUUCAGUACAUCCUGGACCUGAAAACGUUAGAACACCAGUGAGUGAUGAUGCAAAUGGUGGUGGAAGUGACACAGAAGAUGGUGCUGAUGAGUCUGGCUCAGUUAUCUGCAGUGAAAAGUUGUGCUCCAAGACAGAUGAUAACUUACCUGUCAUGAAUGCAAAGCAGCAUGAGGAAUCUGAUGCUCUGGAGAUGAAAAAUUUGACUACUGACUUGAAUAGAUCCAAGGAUAGUAAUGUGGCUGGACUGUUAGGUCCAAAGGUUGAAAAAACGUUUGUUUCUGAUGUUUGCAAGAUGGAGAACAAGCCUGAGCUAGCUUUUGACAAUCGCAACAAAAUCAUGGAUGGUUUUGUCCACCAAUCUGAGUCAGUGCUGGCCUCGGAAGUUUCAAAUGAAUCAGUCGGUUCAGAAGCUGGAAUAGAGAAACCAAUUGAAGAUGAUAUUGCUGUUGGAGAUGCAGUGGAUCCUCGCACAUCGAAUCCAGUUGCUGCUGCUGAUGUCAAAGCUAUAGCAGAGGCUUCUGCUAAUGGAAGUGUAAAUCAUUAUUUGAACACCCAAAGUGACUUGGUGCAGGAUUCAAAUGAUUCUAGAAAUUUUUCCCACCAGCCUUUGGGUAUGGGUUCCUGUUCGAACUUCAUUCUAUGUGUGGAAAACAUGCAUCAUGUAUCUGUGGAAUUUGAUUCUGUGGAUAAGUCUCCUAUUGUCUCAUCACUGCAGGAGAAUAAACUUGCUACUUCUAAUUCUGUGUUACAAGACACUGCUGCCAUUCAAUGCAGGAAAUUGCAUAAUCAGGAUAGGCUUUCAUCACAACUUGAUAUUCAGGAGCAUAGAGAUGAGCAGGGUAAAAAAUCUGUCAGUGGGGAUGAUCAUUCACAGCAUUUGGCAGCGCAAUCUUUAGUGAAUCACAAUGAGUCUUCCCAGAUUCUUGGGGCCUAUCCACUUCAAAUUACAACAAAGAGAGAGAUGAACGGGAAUAUUCCUUGCAGACCUCAUUCUGAACUUCAAAGCCUUUCAAUGUCAGACAGGAAUGCUGCCAAUCAGUUUGUAGCUCAAGAUUGUUAUCUUCAAAAGUGUAGCAAUUCAAAGGCUCAGCACCCAGUCUCUGAGCUUCCACUUCUCUCCCAGCACACUGGGCAAGGCAAUGAUCAUUCGGGAGACCAAUCGCAGAGUUCAUCAGAGGUGGAAAAGCCAUGCAGAAAUGGUGAUGUUAAACUGUUUGGCAAAAUACUCAGUAACCCCUCAUCUUCGCCUAAGCUGAAUCCUAGCAUCAUUGAGAAUGUGGAACAAGGGACACAGAGUUCUAAGACAGUUAGCAAGUCAUCAACUUUGAAAUUCUCUGGUCAUCAAACUACUGAUGGGAGCUCUUCUGUCUUGAAGUUUGAUCGAAAUAAUUAUCUUGGCCCUGAGAAUGUUCCCAUGAAGAGUUAUGGCUUUUGGGAUGGGAACAAUAUACAAACUGGGUUUUCAUCUGUGCCUGAGUACUUUUUGGCCAAGUAUCCGGCAGCAUUUGGCAAUUAUCGCGUGACCUCAUCCAAAAUGGAGCAGCAGGCUUUGCAGGCUCCUGUGAAGUGUAAUGACCGUAAUUUGAACAGCGUUUCAGUUUUGCCUCCAAGAGAAAUAAGUAGCAGCAAUGGAGUUGUGGAUUAUCAGAUGUACAUGAGUCAUGACAUUAGUAAAGUUAAGUCAUUCUCUGUAGAUAUGAAACAGCGGCAUGAUAUAUUCUCUGAAUUGCAAAGAAAUGGGUUUGAAGCAAUCUCAAGUUUACAGCAGCAGGGAAGGGGAAUAGGGAUGAAUGUUGUAGGAAGAGGGGGAAUUCUCGUGGGGGGUUCAGGCACAGGCAUAUCUGAUCCAGUAGCUGCCCUUAAAAUGCACUAUAGUGGGAAAAAUGGGAGCAUGAUGAGAGAGGAGGAAUCAUGGAAUAAUAGGGGUGAUAUAGGCAGAUAGUUGGAGUGGUGAGGGGGCCCGUUGAAGAGGUCCUCGGCGGCAAAUAUCUUUUUUUUUGCCGUGCCCUGUAUAUUAGUUUUUGUAUUGUUCAAUGGAAUGCUUAGGGCGGCUCUUAAGCCCGUCGUUUUGGUAAAAAAUAUAUUUAUAUAUCCUAGGUGCUUGUAAUAUUGCUGCAGCAGCAGCAGCAGCAGCAGCUUUGUUUUUGUUGUAUUUGAUGGAAAUACAGAAAUAAUCUGUCAAAGUUGAGAGGGGCUUUAUCACUGCCCCUCCGACAUUCGAUCACC